AAUUCUUUGGAUAUCUGGGAAGGCAUGCCUUUGGCCUUCACGGAGACUGAGGUGUUCUCAGACCCAUCAGAUCUAGACAUGAAUUCAAGCCUCCUAAACAUCUCCACCAGCAACACCACUAAUCUCACCAGCAUCACCUACUACCCAUACUACCAGCACUCUCUGCCUGUGGCAGUCAGCCUGACCCUGGCCUACCUCUUCAUCUUUCUGCUCUGCAUGUUGGGAAACAGCCUGGUGUGUCUCAUUGUUCUGGAGAACCGGCACAUGAGAACCGUCACCAACCUGUUCAUCUUUAAUCUGGCUGUAAGCGACCUUUUGGUGGGGGUUUUCUGCAUCCCAACUACACUGGUGGAUAAUCUUAUCACAGGUUGGCCCUUCUCGAACAUGGUGUGCAAGAUGAGUGGCUUGGUGCAGGGAAUGUCCGUUGCAGCCUCCAUCUUCACUCUAGUGGCCAUUGCUGUAGACAGGUUUCGCUGCGUCGUCUACCCUUUCCAACCCAAACUGACCUUGCUGGUUGCCAAGGUGACCAUAGCGAUGAUUUGGGUGCUGGCAUUGGUGAUUAUGUGCCCGUCGGCGGUGACGCUGACUGUGGAGCAUGUCAAGCAUCACUUCAUGGUGCACAACCUGGACUACAACCACACCUACCCACUUUUGUCUUGCUUCGAGAACUGGGCUGACCCUCACAUGAGGAAAGUCUACACUACAGUCCUGUUUGCCCACAUCUAUCUGAUCCCACUGACAGUCAUCACGCUCAUGUACGGCCGCGUUGGCAUCAAGCUUUACACCACAUCUUUCAUGUCUGGAAACGAGCAGCAGGACAGUCAUGAGGGUCAGAACACUGCCAGGCCGCUCAUCUCACACAAAAAGAUCAAGGUAAUCAAAAUGUUAAUUGUGGUCGGCAUCCUUUUUAUGCUCUCCUGGCUCCCCUUAUGGAUCCUCAUGCUCCUGACGGACUAUGGUGGUCUGGAACAGGAGGAGCUUGAGUUCCUUUCUGGCUACGUGUUCCCGUUUGCACAUUGGCUGGCUUUCUCAAACUCCAGCGUCAACCCCAUCAUCUAUGGCUACUACAAUGAGAACUUCAAGCGAGGCUUCCAGGCCAUGUGCAGGGCCCAUUCAUGGCGCUGCUGCUGCUGGUUUUUCAUGCCCACAGGGAGCAAAAGGUCUCACAGACCAGGCAAGGAAAACAGGAGAGAGUCCGUGAUGAACUCAAACAAUCUGCCUUUUGGAGCCAGAAACAGGGUGUACACUGAUGGUAACUUAAAGAACUGCAGAGUCAGCGUGGAUGAGGGGCAGAAGAGGGCAAGUUGCAGGCUUAGCAGCUCUGCCAGCAUGGAUGCCACCAGAUCUGAGAUGGCCAUCCAGACAAAAGGGGUUGCAAGCCAAAAAGGACUGCAAAUGGAGGAUCUGGAGAAGAUCAGUCCCAUUGGCAUGACUGUGAGUCAGGCCUGGGACCAGUAG